AUCUCUGUCUGCGUGCUACUCUUUGGUUGUUUACUUGUCAGCUGUUUAUACAACCGAACACGUUACAAAAGUGUUUUAAAAAAUAAAACUCAUCAUAAAACUGCUGCUGACGUCACUACCGAAGUAUCGACGAAACAAAGGAAGAAACCGACAAACACCGGAACUCACCUGUUUGUCGAUUUCAGCAGAUUUAAGUGAGUUAUUGUGAAGUUAGCUGAGUUAGCUACGUCAAAGCUAAGUGACGCUGAGUGUCCACCAGACUGCACUUUGUUCCAGGGAAGGUUCAGGAGCAGCAGAGGUCACCUGGACAGUCAACAAACAGAAGAACAAGACGUUGUUUUUCAGUUUGACUGCCCCCCAUCCCACCCUUCACCCCCCCAAUCCUCCUGGACCAUGGCGAACCCUCUGAGAGCUGAAGUGGUUCGACUCUAUAAAAAUCUCCUCUACCUCGGUCGGGAGUACCCCAAAGGAGGCGAGUACUUCAGAGACCGACUGAGAGCGGCGUUCACCAAGAACAAGUCAGUCCAGGACCCGGAGCAGAUCAAGGAGAUGAUCGCUCGUGGGGAGUACGUGGCCCGUGAGCUGGAGGCGCUCUACUACCUGAGGAAGUACAGAGCGCUGAAGAAACGCUACUAUGAGGAAUGAACAGCUGCCGCAGAGACUCAGGACAGACUCCACCCACUGAAACCAUCUGUGUUAAUCACCAUCAGCUCCCAGAAAAAACAAGACACGUACAAAAUAUAAAGAGUCUUUGUUUAUUUCAGGCUCAUUAAAAACUGGAAUGACAGAACAACAGAAAUGAGCAGCAGCUUCGAGGUUUUAAUGUUUUAUUCCUGUCGAGUUCAUUCAGCUCUGAGAGAAAACACUUAAAUAAAGUCAUAAAAAAAAGA